CAGAGGGCAAUCCACGCCAGAGGACGAGUAGAAAAUGGAGGAUAGUGUAAAAGCUAAGGAACAAAGCGGGGGAGAAGAGAUAACAAUAAUAAUAAACAAAUAAAUAAACAAAGCGAAAGGAAAGCGAAAUAAAAAGAAGAAAGGAAAGGAAAGGUGGCGUAGGGGGAAGAGGAGGCUUUCGUCUUCGCAAGAGGAACUGGUCGCGCGUUCUCCAAGGUUCUCUGGGAUGGCGUCGUCGGAGGUGGUGGAGGACGAGGCGUCGGCGGCGGCGAUGCUCGCCAACGGGGCCGCGGACGUCCGCCGGAGGAGGGACCAGGCCAAGGCGAUGCUGUCGAAGCAGGCCGUCAAGAUCGCCACCAAGGCAGAGGAGCACGAGCGGUUCAUCUUCAAGGUCACACACCUGAUGGGUGUUCUUGGAUUUGGGACAUUUUGCUACCUCUUGGGUGCCAGACCACAGGAUGUGCCGUAUGUGUACUGCCUGUUCUAUGUCAUAUUUGUUCCUCUCAGGUGGAUUUACUACCGCUACAAGAAGUGGCACUACUAUCUUCUGGAUUUCUGCUACUAUGCCAACACUUUUCUCCUUGUUAUGAUUCUCUUUUAUCCAAAGGAUGAAAAGCUUUUCAUGGUUUGCUUCUCAUUUGCAGAGGGUCCCCUUGCUUGGGCAUUAAUUGUAUGGCGUUGCAGCUUGGUGUUCAGCUCAUUCGAUAAACUUGUUAGUGUUCUGAUACACCUCUUGCCUGGAAUAGUUUUGUUCACUAUCCGUUGGUGGAACCCACAAACAUUUGCUGCCAUGCAUCCAGAAGGAAGAGCAGCAAGAGUCACAUGGCCAUAUGUGGAGGACAAAUCUUAUCUGUGGACAUGGCUAUUUGUUGUUCCUCUAGCUGCUUACACCUUGUGGCAACUGAUGUAUUUCCUCAUAGUUAAUGUGCUGCGUCGGCAAAGGCUGUUAAGGGAUCCUGAAGUCAUGACAUCAUACAGGGAACUGUCAAAGAAAGCACAGAAAGCAAACAACAUCUGGUGGAGACUGAGCGGAUUGCUUGGUGACAAGAAUCGUCCGUUGAUGUACAUACUGCUUCAGGCAGUGUUCACAGUGGCGACAUUGGCUUUCACUGUACCCAUAUUCCUUUCAUACCGGCUGCAUGGGAUCUUCCAAGUACUAAAGGUGUGUGCCGCAACAUGGAACGGUGGAAGCUUCAUCCUGGAGGUGAUGCCCAGACAAGUCGUUCAGAAGGAGAAGAAGAGACUUGAGAUGAAGCCCAUUGAACAAGCAAACUUGAAGGAGCACAUGGACGAUCGCUCAGGCAACCACCAGCAUACAUCCGAGGAGCAAAGUCAGUGAGGAAACUGAUUUGGCGCGCAAGAUUACAUUGUUUGGUUACUGUGUAACCUUGUUCCUUCUGUGGGAAAAGUUGCUAUCGAUGAAUGUUCUUUUGGCUUGGGACAUUUCAGGGCUGUUUAUGGUGGGAUCGCUAGUUAGGCUGUGUGGAGAUAGCAAAAGGUGGUGGUUCAAAUGUUAUCAGCGCAUUUUAUGCCAACUUUGUCUCUAGGAUUUUCAAUGUGUGUUGAGUGUGCUGCGAUAGUUUUUUUUUCCUUUUAAAGAGAGCCUUGGCUUAGUGGUUAGACAUGGUUAUGCAGUGCAGUCUGAUCAUCUGGGUUCAAUUCCUA